AUGAGCGAAACAAUUAAAGUUGGUGCCGUGCAGGCAGAGCCCGCCUGGCUUGACUUGCCGGAAUCUGUCAAGAAAGUUACAUCUCUGGUUGAAAAGGCUGGGAAAGACGGAGUGAAUGUCUUGGGAUUCCCAGAGCUCUUUGUGCCAGGAUAUCCAUGGAGCAUCUGGACUGAGCCGUACCUUAACAAUACGGGCAUGUUCCACGAGUAUAUGGCCAAUUCUCUUGUCAAAGAGUCGCCUGAAAUGGACCAAAUCCGCGAAGCUGUUAAAAAAGCAGGCAUCUUCAUCGUUUUGGGCUACUCCGAGAGAGAUGGUGAUAGUUUGUACAUUGCGCAAUCUUUCAUUGAUCCUACUGGUACAAUUGCGCUGCACCGCCGGAAAAUUAAGCCGACUGGUGCCGAGCGCGCAAUUUGGGGAGAGGGACACGGCGAAGAGACUCUUAUCAACGUUGCGGACAGUCCCUUUGGCAGGAUCGGCGCUCUCAACUGCUGGGAACACUUCCAGCCUUUGCUGCGUUAUCACGAGUACAGCCAGGGUGUUGAUAUUCACAUCGCAGGCUGGCCCCCGUUCUUUGCCAAGCCGGAAAACAUACCUACUCUUUACACCUCAACGGGCGAGGGAGAUCGCCUUGCCUGUCAAUUCAUGGCCAUGGAAGGAGCCUGCUUUGUCGUUGUCAGUACCCAAGUAAUGAGCGACAAAGGCAGGGAAAAGUUGAAGCUGGUUGGCAGCCCGCAUGUGCGGACGCCUGGAGGAGGCUUCGCCAUGAUAUUUGGGCCUGAUGGAACGCCGCUGGUUGACCCUAUGGAUCCGGGAGAAGAGGGUAUUCUGACGGCAGAGAUUCAGCUGAGCACCAUUGACUAUGCAAAGCAAAUGCUUGAUGUCGUCGGACAUUACUCUAGGCCCGAUUUGCUGAGUCUAAACGUGAAUCUGAAGACGGCAAAGCCAGUGCACUACGCAUAG